AUGGUGUCUCUAAGUUUUAGUUCCUUUAUGUUUGUUAUGCUUCUCUUCAUUUUUCUUACUAUAAAGGAUACAAUUGUUCAUACUGAUGACCAAGCUAAACAAAUAGUCCAUGAGGCUGAAAUUGACAACAUCAGGGAUCUAAGGAGUCAUCUGAGUGUGAAGAAGGAAGUUUUAGAUGGUGUACCGGCAGCUGCUGAAUUCAGUAAUGUAAAAAUGGGAGGAAGAAAAAUGAUGAUUGAGAAAAAGGAAGACAUGAAGGAAGUGAAGAAAGCUGAAUCAUCAGGAAACUACGAUAGGCAUCUUGGUCACGACUCACGAAAGAACGUACAUCAUCAGGACAAUGAGAGGGAUUCGAUGAAUUCAGCAAGUACAGACAACUCGAAGAACGAUGAUCAAUCUGAUGAUAAUGGAUCAUUUGAGAAUCUUGAAUCAGAGAAUUUUCAGGAUGAUGCGACUGAGUUUUUCACCAUGAAAGACUAUGUUGGAAGGCCAAGACGCAAGCCCGGUCACAAAACCCCGAUCAACAAUUCCCAGCCUCUCCACACAUCAAAUCCUUAA